CCGAACAUUUCAAACUGGAAUAGUUACAAAUUCAAACUGCAAGAAAUUUUUCCGAUCUAAAAUGAAUAUCAUUGUUUUUCUGGCUCUUCUGGUGUUGGCCGUAGAUACUGAUAAGUCUCCCGUUGACGCCGAAUGUAUUGACGUUGAGAAGAAUGCCGACGAAAUUAGACAAUGUUGUGACAUUCCGAGUCCCCUUGAGAUGGAGAACAUUCAAACUUGCAAAGAAAAAUACCAGGAAGAGUUAGGGUCGGAUGUGCCUAAUCUAGUAGCGUGCAUCUUUGACUGUCACGCCCGUGAGCUUGGGGUGCUGAAGGACGACUUGGAGAUUGACGAGGCGAAAAUGAUGGAAUAUAUUAAUCAAACGCCGGAUGAGGAUGUCAAAAAACUAAUGGUCGAAAGCGCCAAGGAAUGCCUUAAAGCUAAAGGGGAAAUCAUAGAAAAGGCCAAAGAACACGCCAUGAAGUGCCACCCGCUGGCAUUCAUGAUGACUGAGUGCAUCAUGCAUGCCGUUUAUUCCGAAUGCGACAAGCUUCCCAACCACUGGAAGGAUUCUGAAAUUUGCAGCAAGGUCAAAAAUGGAGCUGAGCCAUGUGAAUAAAGAAGAUGCCUACAACGGACACGAGCAAAGUGGUAAAUCAAUCAUGAACUGAUAUGCAUCGAACUGUUCAUUAAAUAAAUCGAAUAUCCAAAUCCAAUAAAAACA